AUGGGUGACGCCGGUGCGCUGCGUGAGCAGCAGCAUGGAGGGAUGGCAACUACACUUGGACCUAGUCCUAGCGCAACUUUUGACUAUGCAGAAGAGUCGCCAGAAGGUCCAUACCGUGUCCUCCCGCAGUAUCAUUCGAAACCUACUAAGCUGAGAGUGGCAUGUAUUGGAGCUGGUGCCUCUGGAUUGUGCCUGGCUUACAAAAUGGAACGAAUGCUUGUUCCAGGGUCCUGGGAACUGACACUAUUCGAGAAGAACCCUCAAUUCGGUGGCACUUGGUACGAAAACACCUAUCCAGGCGUCGCUUGUGAUAUUCCCUCACAUCUUUAUACAUUCACAUUCGACCCGAAUCCUGAGUGGUCGCACUACUUCGCUUAUGGCGACGAGAUCCAGCGAUACUUCGAAAAUUUUGCCGAUAGAUUCGGAUCACGAAAAUACAUGAAGCUCAAUAUGAAAGUGGUGGAAUGCCGCUGGAUCGAAGAACGAAGUAUCUGGGAGAUCACCGUUGAAGACCAAGUGACCAAAGAAACUUGGAAGGACUGGGGUCACUGUGUCGUUAACGGCACCGGGAUUCUGAACAACUGGAAAUGGCCCGAGAUUGAGGGACUCCACGACUUCAAUGGUCCCUUAAUGCACUCAGCAAGCUGGAACCACGAUGUCGACUUCAAGGGUAAAACGGCUGCUGUCAUCGGGACCGGCUCAACCAGCGUCCAGAUCGUCCCACAACUACAACAGAUAUGUGAUAAGGUCCAAGUAUAUAUGCGAAGUCCUACUUGGAUCUCUCCACCCUUCGGUGCUGGCGCUCUUGCGUCAGAUUUACAAAAAGGCCAAGAGACAGACCCAGGCCACAGACAAUACAAGUUCACAGAAGAAGAUAAAAAGAAAUUUAGAGAAAGUCCCGAGUAUCACCUCGACUUCCGGAAACGUAUUGAGGCCGAAAUUAAUGGCCUUUUCGGCAUGUACCGACAAGGAAGCGACCUGUCCAAUCUAUUCCGCAAAGUAAUCACCGAAGAAAUGCACCGGCGUAUGGGUCCUGGACACGAGGAACUCAAAUCCUUCAUUAUCCCCAAGUGGGCACCAGGCUGUCGACGCAUUUCUCCUGGCGACGGCUAUCUCGAAGCGCUAGUACAGCCCAAUGUCGAGACGAUAUUCGGCGGUAUCCAGAAAGUCACUGCGCACGGCAUCGUGACGGAGGACGGGCUCGAGCACAAGUGUGAUAUUCUUGUCUGCGCCACAGGCUUCCAAGUCGCCUUUAAGCCUGCCUUCAAAGUCAUCAACGCCCAGGGAAAAUCCGUUCAGGACGACUGGGGUGACGGCGUAAACCUAUAUUUCGGUGUCUCAACCCCUCGCUUCCCGAAUUACUACACUAUUGUUGGCCCGGGUGCCACAUGGUCGAAUGGGACACUCCUCCCAUCCAUUGAGACGACGAUCGAGUAUAGUGUAAAAUGCAUGCGGAAGAUGCAGCACGAGACAAUUGAAAGUAUGGCAGUGAAACAGGAGGCGCUGGACGAUAUUUACGCUCACUUUGAUGAAUUCCAUAAGAAUACUGUGUGGAGAGAGGAGUGUAGGAGUUGGUUUAAGGAUGGAAAGGUGAAGAACCGGAUUUAUCUAUGGCCUGGGCCGACGAUUCAUUUCUUGAAAACUAUGAAGGAACCCCGUUUCGAGGACUACGACAUUAAAUACCGAUAUAAGAAUAGGUUUGCGUUCUUGGGCAAUGGUGAUAUGAAGGCUCACGUCACGGGUGAUACGAUGGGACUGGCUAGAUAUGUGCGUUCGCACGACCAUGAGUGGCACGUGGACUGA